UCUGUGCUAUAUCCGAAUCCCGAUGUCCCGAAUUCCGAUCGGGCAUCUUGCUUGUUCUUCUGAAAUUAUGUUCUGAAACUAUAACUUAGCUUUUUUCUGAUCGGUGAGCUAAAGAAAGUGGUGGCUGUUUACGUUUUUAUUAAAUAACUCAUUCUCCACAAUUAGUAGGUAACCUGAGUGGUUGCUAUACAGCUAUUUUAUUGUAAAAAUGUGGUAUCUAACAUCGGAAAGUGAUAAACGAGUCAUAUUUGUUUUGCCUGACAAAAACAUCACAAUAGGAAGGAGUGCUGACGCUCAAAAUUGUAAUUUUGCUAUCCCGGAAGACCAGUCAAUAAGUAGAAAACAUGCCACUUUAUUUCUAUCAGAAAAUACUUUGUAUGUAAAGGAUUUAGGUUCUAAGUAUGGAACUUAUGUUAACAACUCUGAAAAAAUUGAGGAAAACGUUAUGAUAAAACUCAAUUCUACCGAUGUCGUCAAGUUCGGUAAAAUAAGCUGUGUUUGGAAAGUACAGGAAAUUAAUUUUGUCACAUGCACAUCCACAUUAAAAGGAGAAAAUUUACAAAAUCUUAAGGUACUUCUCACUAAGUUGGGAGGAAGUCUGAAGAAUGAAUGGGACGACACUUGUGCAUACUUAACUAUGCCUGCAAUAACAUUGACGAUUAAAGUAGUUCUAGCGUUAGUUCAGAGCUCUAACAUUGUGACUAUUAAAUAUUGGAGCAAGUGCUUAGAAGCAGCCACUAAUAACAACCCAUUGCCAAAUGCAAGUGAUUUCAUACCUCAAAUAUUAGAGUCUACACUCAAUAAAGAAAAUGUAUCUUUUCUCCCAAAUAAGGAAAGGAGUUCUAUAUUUGCUGGCAAAGUAGUGAUAUUCUUUUCAAGAAGGCAAUUGGAAAUGUACAAGAUGGUGUUGACCAAGAGCUCUGCAACACCUUUAUUAUUGAGUGAAACUAAAAUGACCAAAUCAGCGCUCUGUGAAGACAAUGUUAUUGUUAUUCAAUAUAAUUUGAGUUUUGCAGGUCAAGACACUCAGGCCCAAAAAGAUCAAAUUCAAGAAAUUACUAAUUAUCUGAAAAGUAAGGGGAAGAGAGUUGUAGCUGAUGCUGAAAUUGGCCUUGCUAUAUUAUUCUGUUCUACUAUGAAAUACUGUAACCCUGAUUUCAAUUUCUCUUCUGAAGUUAUAAAACAGGUGCCAAACCAAAAUGCUCCAAAAAAUAUAUUAGUUCAAGAGUCUCAGGACUCAUCGCAGGAAAUAUACAAGAAAGAAAAUGUGCUUAUUGAUGAAAGCUUGACACUUAAACAUAAUUCCUCCAAUAAUGACAGCAUUGUUGCUUCCAAAAGGAAGCUCAGUGAGGGUGAUAGCAGUAAUACAUUUAAUAUGAACAAAAAACAAGCAGUAGAGACUGUUGAAAACAAAAACACCAACAAGAGACCUGGUGAAGAUAUGAUUGAAACCAAACCAUCUAAGAAAAUGGCCCUUGGCGAUGAUGAUGAUGAUAACAUAUUUAAUUUCUUAAAACCUGCGGUAGCUAAAGAUGAUAAUGAAGGCAAUCAAAACAAAAAGUUAAAUUUAUCAAAACCAUUAAAGAGGAAGCAUAGUACAGAUAUGGAUGAAGAUGACUUGUUCAAUUUUGUUGAUAAAGGAAACAAAAAACCUGCAGUUGAAAAUGAUAAUGCUGGUAGCAAUAUUUUAGAUUUAUAUGAUGAUAAUGAUGAAAAUAUCUCCCCUAUAACCAAACCGAAGAUUAUAUAUGAAGAAAAAGUUGAUAUAAAGAGUUUACGAGGAUCAAAAUUGGAGGAAUUAAGGAAGAUAAAUGCAGAAAUUCCAUGGACCAAGCACAUUAAGAAAGAAGAUAUCUCAGAAUUAGAUGACAAGUUAAGCAACAUUAAUUUAGGGUCUGUAACAGUUGUAGUAAGAACCGAUUUGAUUGUCAAAAAGGAGCCAUUAGAGAUACCAUCCCCACAGGAUGGAUUGAAGAAUUUCAAGAAGUUUAAAAAGGUUUGGCCAAUUAAAAGGCAAGUCACUAUUGUACCACAAUCAUCUCUAAGUAAUGCUAACACUGAUUCCAACAUGGCAGGUGAAACCACUGCCUAGAACAUUAAUGACAUUAAUAAUUACGAAAUGAAAACUAUUUUAUUGUGUAUUAUGAUUUAUUUUGAUUAUUCAAAUAAGCAACAGACAUGUCAUAAUAUUUAAUUAAUGUGAAAAUAAAUGAACAUGAUUUCUGAA